CCCGUUUGUGUGUGACUUAUGUGGUGGCGCGAAUGAUGUGUAGGCCUACGUUGUUUACUCCAGUUGCCAUAUCACACAUAAGCCUGGAAGUAUGUUGUUCCCCUGAGGUCUGUGUUACUCCUUUGACAUUUUUCUUCUUUCCUCCCAUUUAUCGAAGAGCUCAAAGCGAAAUGAAAUAAGCAUGCAGCCCGUGAGUCAUUGUCAUCUCUGUUAUUAUUACAUGCUACAUAGGGCCUACAUAUUACAGUGUGUGUCGUAUAGGUAACUUCAAAAAAUUACUAGUAAGUUAAUGUGUUGUUGUUGUUGAUUUGGUGUUUUAAUUUUUUUAGUUUACACUGCAUUGUUUCAAAAUGAGGAUAUUGGUUAUUUUAAAUCUUGAUAGUAUAGCUUGUUAAUGUAUUUGAUCGAGACUUAUGAUGAGGCCCUACAUAUGAACAUAAAAAAAAAAAUGAAGAUAAAAUAUAAAAUAAAUAAUAUACCGGUAAGAUAAAAUAUAAGCCUGUUAACAGUGCAUAUUGUCGUAUUAAAAUUAAAUUAGAACGUAUCAUUGUACGUUUUUCUAUAAUAUUUGUCAUGGCUUAUUUAAAAAGUGACCAAUCUGUUGACAUUAUUUAAAGAUGUUUUGAUACAAUUUUGAUAGAAAUUGUGAUAAAAAUAAAAGUUUGAAAGAAGAGAAAUGAAAGUACUAACGCACAAUAUGUGUUUUAUAUUGACCUUUCAUGUUGAUUAAAUACAUUUUAGGUUUCUUUGCUUUGUUAAAUCGAUCCACUUUUACAUUUAUGAAACUUAACCUGGAAAGUUUCUUUCUCAUUAAUACCGUGCCCUGUAAACUUGUUGUUUUUUCAUAUGUCAAGAUUUAUUUAUUUGGAUCUUGUGUCAGUUGUGCUAAAAGGUGACAAUUAAAUAACUCCUUGUCAUAUUUUAGACUGUUUACUUCAAUGAAAAUUUUAGAAAAAUUGAUGUUAUAAUUCUUUGUGUCAGAAUUUGUUUUCAGCUUUCACCCUUAUUUCAUAUACUGAAGGUGUAGCAGGGGACCAAGCAUAGAAUAAGGGUGUCACUUGCUCUGUAGUGUGAAGACAACCCAAAACUGCUGAGGGCCAACAUGACGCAUGCUCUGAGCAGGGAAUUCGUUGAGACAAAGAUAUCAAAGCUAUCCACUACACCACAGGACUGGGAUGUGGACAAAAGCCAGUACUUCAAACUCGACCUCAAAAUGUGCCAUCUGCGAUCAGUCGUGUAUGGUUUUGUUUGGGGCUCUGACAGUUCAAGAUCAGAUAGGUUCAAGGAUGUUGUGGAGAUGCCAUCAAGAGUAUGUGUUCUUGAUUUAUCCCUGAAUGAGUUGUCUUCCCUUGAGUAUGAUUCCCUGGCACCAUUAAGCAACCUGAGAGCCCUAGAUGCAUCCUUGAAUAGAAUCUCAAGUGUCACUGGGAUUGAGCAGUUGAAACAUUUACAUACCUUGAACCUUUCUCACAAUGAGAUAACUCGUAUUGACCUGAUGCCAUCAUGCCCUUCCCUGGUGGAACUCAACCUAAGCAUGAAUAAGCUGGAGGACAUCACAGGGUUACCUAGACUGGUUAAUUUAAAAGUGCUGCAUUUCAACAACAAUCAGCUGAAAUCCUUGGACGGUGUUCAGUCUUUGGGAAGACUCCAUGAGCUGUACAUUCAGAAUAAUAAAGUGCCAGACUUGAUUCCCCUAUGUGGAUGUCUCCACCUGUCGACGCUGAAUGCUGCUAACAAUCGCAUCCUGACUCUCCAUUCUGUCACUGAUGUCCUUGGACGACUGAAGAAGCUAAGGAUAUUGAAUCUUGAGGGUAAUCCCAUUGACCGAUCUCCAAAUUAUCAUUCAGAGCUUUUACAAAAGACUAAUGUUGUCAGUCUGGAUAAUGUACCAAUCAGACCAACGUCCACAGAAAGAGCUUCCACCCAACAAGACAACCUGCACUUGACUGAUAAUAUUUUAAGUAUUCGUGACAUGACUAAAAAAGUUUACGAGGAGCAUUUAAAAUGUGAACGCUCAAAGAUGGAGGAGAACAUACAUUUUCUGCAAGGACGAAUAGUAUCCCUGCAGGACAAUUUUCAGGAAUUUGAAAAGAAGUUAAGAUCAGACCUUGACUUGUGUUUAAUGCAUUUAGAAGGUUUGUCUUCCUCACAGUUGGCAAGAUUUGAUGCCAAUAAUGUGCAAGUUCUCCUGAAGACACCUGAAGCAAAACCGUGGCAACAGGUAAAUGAUUGGGAGAUGAAGUCUUCACAAAAGACAAAACAUGAGAGUAAAACUGACUACAAGAAGGUCAGAGAUACAGAUCAGUUGCUUAGAUUGGCAUACAUGGAGCUGUCUCGAGAUCUGUCUUAAAUUAACUUGGUGAUGUCUAAAUCUGCAUUUGUCUUUGCUUGGUGAGCGUCAUAUUACUGCAGACUAUCGACAAGUCUAAACUGCAUGCCAACCUUGGAAUUUGCAAUGUCCAUUCCAGGAAAACUGUAUUGAUGACAGGAUAUGAACGAUGACUUUUUGGUCAUCUGCAGUCUUGAGUGACAGAGAAAUUUGAGCACUUUUUCUGAAGUUCACUGUACCUUAACCGUGAGUUUGAGGGUUCAAAUCCAGCUGCAAACUGACUAUGUCAGAGAUUUGCUGGAUAUCUAGCCAGGUGCGAUGUUUCCCCAGGCUUUACACAGUAACCACUAAUCUGACCACUGCAUUGUGUAACACUGUAACAAACUAGAAAACUAUUGUUGGUUUUAAAUGGCCACAUAGUACAUAUCUGAAUCAUCUUGAUUUACUGAUAGCCUGGUGUAUUUAUUACAACAGAAAAGGUGUUUUUUAAAGGAUUACAAUGGCAACAUUUUGGAGCCUCAAGGCGUGAUCUGCAUGCACCAGGGCUUUUCUAUUGGUACAACAAAAUGACAUGCUUGACAUAUAAAUCAUAUUUGAUAGGAUGUAAUCUUACCAAUUUUAUAUAUUUUAUGAAUGUCAUAUAUACAUACACACAUGAAUAAAAUCCAUCU